AUGGCUACAAUAUUGAGAUCAAGCGUACUAAUUUCUAUUCUCGGUUGUUGCUCCUUGAAACGAUUACUCAAAGGUGGUGCCAAAUCCAACCCAGAACAACUCUUUGCAGCUGGCUACUCUGCCUGCUUUCUUGGUGCACUACAUCUUGUUGCCGGAAAAGCAAAGAUUACUCUUCCUGCGUCUACCACAGUGAAUGGUCAUGUUCACAUUGGCCGUCACGAUGGAUCGCUUUUACUGGAAGUCGAGCUAAAAGUGUAUGCUCCUGAUGUUGACAAGACUAAACUUAUGGAGUUGGUAGAGUCUGCCCACAAAGUUUGUCCAUACUCCUUAGCCACUCGUGGAAAUGUCAAGGUCCAUUUGCAGUCGUAUUCACAUAAAAUGUAA